CAAGUUAUUGCUUAUUUCGCCACACGUAUAUAGAGAAACUACAGCUCCAUCUUCUGUCUAGUUCGAAAGAUUUCAUUCAAGGAUAUAGGAUCGCUAAACAGCUAGCGUACUUUUGUGUCUUUAGAUUGCCUACUUUAACUUUUCUUUCAACUCAGUAACCACCCCAAACUCAACCAUACACAAACUCAAAAUUACUUUCCUGCAAUCUUUUCAUAAGGAAUAACUAGAAAAACUCCUACUUAAGCUACACUCCACUACUCAAGCAACAAAGAGUUGAGCACCUCACUCAAAUCAAAGGAAAUAACAAUUUUUAUAUUCCAGCAUGACUUCCAAUGUUUUACUCGACUUGGAAACAUUUUGUAAAGUCUUUACAAUAAACAUUGGCCGUAAUCUGCCAGGGCAAGCAAAAUUUGUGAAGGUUUCGGUUGCUCUUCUAGCAACACAAUCAUUCUUUUUCAAAACUGCUUCUAGCCAGCCAUGGAUUAAAGGAGAAAACGUCAUAGACCUUCCAGAUGUGUCACGUUCAACAUUUGAAGUGUUCUUGGUGUGGCUGUACACAGCUGAUAUCACGCAUGCGAGCGUCUUUCAACUAUCCGUUAAUCCAGAAACUCCCGGACAAGGACCGUCAGCGAUAGAACAGCUCUCCAAAAUUUGGCAUCAACUCAUUGAUUGCUACUUAAUGGCAGAUUACAUACAGGCGCCAAGAUAUACGAACUUUAUAAUGAAUGUUCUCAUUGCAAAGUUAAAAGAGUUCGAAGAGAUUCCGGUGGAUGAAAAUUUCCCCAGUGAUCCCUUGUGCAAUUCAUGUGUUAAAACUAUUGAAAUUGUCUGGAACGAGACUGUUUCUACGUCACCUCUCCGGAAGUUGAUUUUGCACAGUCUCGGUUCAACAUGUCAUGCUCCUUGGAACAUGACGAAAACACUAUUUUUCGCUUCUCGGACACCAUAUGAUAGUCCGAAGGUACCACAUGAGUUUCUAGAAGACUUUCUUGAGCAAUCUUUCAAAUCGUCACAACUUCUUAUUCGAGUUCCUGCCCCGUGGUUUGUGCAAACUACAUAUCACGUCGAGGAAAAGCUUCCGUAG